AUGAGCUCUAACAACUGCGGUUUCAUUGAUCCGCAGGGCCAGUUAAGCGCAGCCCUCGCUAAUCGGGACAUACGGGAAUUCCACACUGCCCUGGACAGCGGUGCCCAGGCCAAUCGCCAGGACGAUCGACACACCACCCUCUACGAGAAGGCGUUGUCCACACCAGGAUGCGCCCAGUUCAUUGAGGCCUGCCUGUCCCACGGCUGCAAUGUGAACUAUAUAAAUCAAAAGCUAAAUAAGGCCGCCAUUAGCUAUGCCGCAGACUCACGGGAGCCAUCGAAUCUGGCCGUGCUACUGCGUCAUGGUGGUGUCCAGGUGGAUCGGAAAUACAGCCAGUUGACGCCUCUCAACUCGCUGGCCAAGAACCUCACAGCGGAGAAUGCCUCUCAGGUGGGCUCCUGCAUUCAGCUGCUGCUCGAGUACGGAGCCUCUCCGAAUUUGGUGGAUCAGGGCGAGUUCACGCCCCUCCACCAUGUGCUGAAGAAUAGAAAGAUUGAGGCAGGCACUAAGCUGGAGCUGAUCCGACUUUUCCUGAAACAACCACAGUUGGACAUUGACAGCUAUCGGAACGGGCAGGUACGCCAGAUGCUGAGGGAUCAGUAUCCGGAACUGCCGUUGCCGGAGCUGCGCGAGGCCGGAGCAGAGAUCGACUGCGAGCGACUCCUCCGAACGCUGCGGGACGGAGACGAGAACCAGUUCGAGCAACAGUUCGCGGAGUACCACCAGAACGUCAGCGGAAACGCAGACAACCAAUGCAAUGCCAACCAGGAGGAGUAUCAGUCCCUGCUGGCGGAGAGUAUCAAGCGGGGCAAGCAGCGAGCGUUUGAGGCCAUCCUCGAGACGGGCAUCAACAUUAAUCCUUCAAAAUUGAGCGACAUCAGCCCCGUGGAGUUGGCCGUAAUCUGGGGCAACCACAGGGCGCUAGAGAAGCUGUUGAAGCAUCCGCAGCUGAGGCUGACAUCGCAUUCCAAGCUGCUGAACGCGGUUAUCAGUCGCCUGGGUGAGCAGCCGCUGGACGACUUCUGUGACCACCAGCGCUGCUUCCAGCUGCUGCUCGAGAGCGAUCGUGUAGACAUCAAUGAGGCGGACAAGGCUGGCCUGGUGCCACUCUCCUAUGCGGUCAAGUAUCGCAACACAAAGGUGGCACAGGAGCUUCUACGGCAGGGAGCGUACAUCGGGGCGAGAAGCGCGUUCGGAGAUCUUCCCAUACAGGAGAUGGACCCGAAAGUGCUGGAGGAGCACUUCGAUUCCUGCAUCACCACCAACGGGGAGAAGCCCGGUGACCAGAGUUUCGAGAUCAUCAUCAACUACAAGAAUCUGAUGAGACGCCAGCGAGAGCCCGGGCAGUCGGACAAGCGGAGCAUUGGCCAUCCUCACCAAUUGGAGGACGAGAUGACUCCAAUCGCAUACAUCGCCGAUUCCAAGGAGCUGCGUUACCUGCUGCAGCACCCGCUAAUCUCGAGUUUCCUCUUCCUCAAGUGGCACCGCCUCUCGGUGAUCUUCUAUCUGAACUUUCUACUUUACUCUCUCUUCACUGCCUCCAUUAUCACGCAUACGCUCCUUAAGUUUCACGAAAGCGACCACACGGGCCUGACUGCCCUCUUCGGCCUGUUCUCUUGGAUAGGGAUUGUGUAUCUCAUCAUCCGAGAGGUCAUACAGCUUGCCAUGUCGCCGCUGCUGUACUUCAGGUCGGUCACGAACCUGAUGGAGGUGGCUCUCAUUGUCUUGUCGAUCCUAACCUGCAUGGAAGCCAGCUACGACAAGGAGACGCAGCGCAUACUGGCCGUCUUCACCAUUCUGCUGGUGUCCGUGGAGUUCUGCCUGCUGGUUGGCUCCCUGCCAGUGCUCUCAAUUUCGACGCACAUGCUUAUGCUGCGCGCCGUCUCCAGCAGCUUCAUCAAGAGCUUUGCUCUCUACUCGAUCUUUGUGCUUACGUUUAGUCUGUGCUUCUACAUACUGUUUGGCAAGCCCCAGGUGGAUUCCUCCUCUCCGAAGGACAGCACGCCAGAGCCAGCAAAGGAGGGAGAAGAUGAUGGUCACUUCAACACCUUCUCCGUGCCCAUCGAGGCGCUCAUCAAGACGAUUGUGAUGCUCACGGGAGAAUUUGAUGCCGGUGACAUAAAGUUUGACAGCGUCUACACUUACCUGAUCUUCCUGCUCUUUGUGUUCUUCAUGACCAUUGUGCUGUUCAAUCUCUUGAAUGGUCUGGCUGUCAGCGAUACUCAGGCCAUCAAGGCCCAGGCGGAACUGAACGGCGCCAUUGUCCGCACCAAUCUGCUGACCCGCUACGAGCAAGUUCUCACUGGCCGAGAUGGGAGCAUGGGGGGUUGUGGGGUUCUCAUUGUGGGGAGCGAACCCUUCCGCAGCAUUUGCCAGCGAUUGAUGAACAUCUACCCCAACUACCUGACUCUGCGCCAGAUCUCAGUGCUGCCCAACGACGGUAACAAGGUGCUGAUACCCAUGAGCGAUGGCUUCGAGCUGCAGCCCCUGAAUGGCAAGAGCCCGGCCAGCUUCCAGCAACUGCCCACGAGCUCCACGCAGCUUGAUCCACCGGUGAAGCUGCUGCCCUGCUGCUGCUCCGUGAUGAACGGCAAGUGCGCCCAGAUCGAUGGCCGGACCGUGAAGCUAGCUCUGGCCCUCAUCGAUCAAAAGUCCAAUACUGAGCAGAGGCGCCAGCGAGAUCAGAUAAGCGAUCGUCGACUGCAGAUCAUCGAGCAUAAGUUGGAGAAUCUGCAGUUUAUCGAACAGAAACUGGACCAUCUGCUGCAAGUGCUGCAGGAGCGCACUUGACCAGGGACGCAGGAUGGCUCUAAGCUAUAGUAUUUAUUGUACGAGUAAUAAUCAACUAGCACUAGCAUUUAACCCGUA